UCCGGCAAAUUCUCUCCACUGACUCCGACGACUUUCCGUUCCCAUUUCCGGCGACAAUGCAACCAAAUCUGCAGUGGAUUCAACCUUCCAACUAGGCCACAUCUCUCUUACAUAGACCAAACCAGUGUUGUAUCCCUGGCUGCAUACAAGCUCUUGCCAAUAGAAGCAUCUACCAGAGUUGUCCUGAAGCUUGAGGACUGUGAAUACCUUUUCAGCUGGAUGUGGUCCAAUUCUGUUGCUAUCUUCAUCUUUGAGCAUAUGCAGAUAUGCUUAGACAAGAAAAAUUGAUCUUCAGUACAGCAGUCCAGCUCUGUAUUUCUCUUACCCUGCUCCUUAACUUUGUUGUCAGUUCAGAAAUUCGACUAGGCUCCAAAAUCUCGGUAGAAGAUAACAACUUUUGGGUCUCCUCCAAUGGGGAUUUUGCAAUUGGAUUUUUUAGUUAUUUCAACCUAUAUAAAGUUGGCAUUCACUUUAAUUCAAGUUCGAUCCCUAUAGAUAAGCAAACAGUGGUUUGGGUGGCUGGAGCAGACCUUAAAGUUGGUAACAAGUCAUAUUUCCAGCUUGAUGAGAGUGGGGAAUUGUUUCUUUUUGAUUCUGACACUGGAAUAACUGCUUGGACAAGCAAAACUAGUAAUGCAUCUGUAGUAUCAGCUCUUCUUCGUGACGAUGGUAAUUUUGUCCUGCUGAACAAACAAAAGAGCACUGUUUGGCAGAGUUUUGAUAAUCCCUCUGAUACACUUCUCCCAGGCCAGAAUUUCUCUGCUUCCCAUGUACUCCGGCCUCCUAGUAACAGUCCUGUUUCGAGCUAUUACAGUCUUUAUAUGGGUGACUCUGGUCAAUUGCAACUUAGGUGGGAAACUAGCAUCAUUUACUGGACCAGUGGGAAUCCAUCCCAGUCAGCUCAUCGAGCAAUACUUAGUGCUGAUGGAACACUGCAAUUAAUUGACCAAACAUCCAAGUCUAUUUGGUCCAUUUUUGGAGACGACCACAAUGAUUCGAACGUACAUUUUCGGUUUCUUAGGCUGGAUGCUGAUGGAAAUCUUCGGUUGUACUCUUGGCAAAAUGCUUCAAGCUCAUGGAGAUCUGUUUGGCAAGCUGUCAACAAUCAGUGUGAUGUAUUUGCAACUUGUGGCGUCCAUGGCAUUUGUGUAUUCAACGAGUCUGGCUUACCAGUUUGCAAAUGUCCAUACAUGCCAGCUGGUGAGUUUAACUCAAAAUGUUUGGCUUCCUCUGAUGAAAAUUGUGAUUCUGGUUCUUCCCUGAUUCUGUAUGAGCAUACUUUUCUAUAUGGAAUUUACCCGCCUAACGAUACAAUUGUGCAUACCAACCUGCAAGAAUGUAAAACCUUGUGUGAGAAAGACCCACGUUGUACUGCUGUAACCUUCAUAAACAAUGGCACUCCACAAUGCCGAAUAAAAAACACUAGAUAUAUGAGUGGCAAGUCUGAUCCUUCAUUGGGUUCUAUAUCUCUGAUAAAGACAUGUUCAGAUCCUGUUGCAGUUUUACCUCAAUCCCCUGAAUCUAAACUUAUUCAAAAGUCAUCGCGGAAAAUCUGCAUUCCUUGUCUUAUUGGAGUUGCUGCAGGAACAUUUGGCAUAAUUCUUGUGAUCCAACUUUGUGCUGGAUUCUACUUUUUGAGGAGAAGAAAAUAUAUCAGGAAGAAAACUGAUUUUAGUAAUGUGGAUCCUAAUACCGGAGGUUGUAUCAUGUUAUCAUAUGCUGAGAUUACUGAGCUGACAGAGAAUUUUAAGCACAAGAUUGGUCCCAAGGUGUUCAAAGGUGUACUUCCAGAUAAACGACCAGUUGCAAUCAAAGAUUUGGCUACAAGCAUUGAAGAAAGGAAGUUCAGGAGUGCAGUUUCUAAAAUAGGAAGUAUAUUUCAUAAGAAUCUGUUAAAGUUGGAUGGUUACUGUUGUGAUUCAAGCAACAGGCUCUUGGUCUAUGAAUUUGCAAAGAACGGCUCACUUGGAGAUUGUUUGGAAGAUCCAAAAAUGUGCAAGAGAUUGACAUGGAGAAGGAGGAUAAGCAUUUGCUUAGCAGUGGCAAGGGCUAUUUAUUACUUGCAUACAGGAUGUAGAGUUUACGUAAGUCACGGGAAUUUAAAAUGUGAAAAUGUGCUUUUAGAUGAUAACUUUGAAGUCAAGGUGAGUGAAUUUGGGUUGCAGACUUUUCUUAGUGAAGAAUCAGACACCGAACAAACUGCAGAGGCAGAUGUUAGAGAUUUUGGGAAGAUGUUGGUGAAAAUAAUGAGUGGAAGCCAAAAUGCAGACGAUGCUUGUGAAUGGGCAUAUGAAAAAUGGCUAGCUGACCAAAGCUACGAAAUAGUUGAUAGUCGAUUGGAAGGAAGUGUGAGUUCAGAUGAGUUGCAACGAGCAUUGAGAAUUGCAUUCUGGUGCCUGCAAGCUGAUGCACGGAUGAGACCUUCAAUGGGCGAGGUAGUUAAGGUGCUAGAAGGCACAUUGAGUGUUGAUAUCCCACCACCUCUCUUUUCUCAUUGCCAUUCUAGGACAUCAUCAGAAGGAAAACUGGAAUCAAAUGCAGAAUCGGGGUAAAGGCUUCUACCCUCCCAUUUUAAGUUCCUCUUCCCCCUCAAUUGUAUAGUUAAGUUCAUUGUAACAGCAGCGCAAAUGCAAGUAUCAAUGCAGGGUUGUACCCUUUAUAGUCCAUAUGCUUAUUCCAUCAUCUGAAGAUCUCUGAUGAGCAUAUUCCAUCCUUUGCUCAGCUUUAAGGGGUCGCAACCAUUUUGAGCAAUGAAUUUCUGUGAUGCAUUUUUUUAAUCAGUAAGCCUGUGCAGAAAUUUUAUAAUUUUUCA